UUGUGCCAAAGUAUUAUUACACUUACUUGAUUAGACGAAGCCUUUUUAUUGUUUUAAUUACGAUCGCGUAUCAAAAUGGAAAGGAGGAGAUCUUUGAAAAUAAGCUGCGAUUCCGAUCGGCGUCGGAAAUGAAUUCCUCUAAAAGCUCCUCUACCUGGGGAUCUAGCUCAUUUACAAUUGGAGAGAAGAUAUGCGCUGUUUUCAUACCAUUCGUAGCUCUCUGUGAAGCUCUCGUCUGCAAUUUAGCUGCUUGCUUUCAUUUGAAACCUUCUUCAUCGCCCGCUCAACCUAUUCUUUAUACCUUCAACGAUAUCGUUCGACUUUCUCAAGAAACUCCGUUUACGGUUAAUGAAGUGGAGGCACUGCGGGAACUGUUUAAGAAAUUGAGUAGCUCAAUUAUAGAUGAUGGUCUUAUUCACAAGGAGGAGCUCCAAUUGGCUUUGUUCAACUCAUCCGCCGGCAAAAAUAUUUUUCUGGACAAGGUCUUUGAUCUUUUUGAUGAAAAGCAAAAUGGGGUUAUUGAAUUUGAAGAGUUCGUGCAUGUCCUUGGUGUUUUCCAUCCUGCUGCUUCUAUUACAGAAAAGAUCGAGUUCGCAUUUAGAUUGUAUGAUUUAAGACAAACUGGAUUCAUAGAACGGGAAGAAAUAUUACAUAGGUACUCGCAAUAUUCCACUGUUGAUAAGGGUUACUAUAUUCUUCAGGUGAUGCAAAUGGUAGUCGCCAUCUUGAAGGAAACUAAUGCAUCUCUAUCAGAUGAGAUUCUUGAAGCUAUUAUUGACAAGACCUUUGAGGAUGCAGAUGCUGACAAGGAUGGUAAAAUUAGCAAAGAAGAAUGGAAAUCCUUUGCUGUUCGGCACCCCACACUUUUAAAGAAUAUGACUCUUCCUCAUCUAAAGGACAUCACCACUGCAUUUCCAAGUUUUAUUUUCAAUACAGGAGUUGUCGACUAAAGUCCUUCUCUUCUAACAAACGUCGGGCUUUACAAAACAGAGCACAGCGAGGAAGUGAUUACAUCCACUUGUACAGAUUGUUUGGUGGCUCUCACAUUUGCUUCAUGGACAUGCAAUAGCUAACCUUCAGCCAAGGAAGCUAGGGUGGAAACAAUUACCACGACAGACAGGGUGGGGAACCAAUAGCCUAUCCUGAUCCAUUUGCCUGGAUUCUUUUUGGUUCACAUUCUUUGUACAGAUUGAUUAUUUUUUAAAUCUGACAGAGAAAAUCCCAAAUUCAUUUCAUUUAUUUUUGGACAAGACAAAAUACAAUGAAAUGAUCAAGUUACAUCAGUGUUUGAGACA